UUUAUUUUAAAUUUUAGAUUUUAACUUACAAAACAAGGGCACCGGAGCCGAGUCAGCGCCACUCACGCAGAUAAGAGCGCGUUAUAGACACACAGCCCGGGGGAGCGCUAAGAGCGGAGCGAGUGGAUAGAUUCCAGGAAUACGGCGAGAAAACCUGGCUAUUAAACCGGGCAGAAAGGAGCACAUAAAAUGUAAUAGGAGCUUCUCCUGAGGCUUAAUGAGGCGUCACUGAUCUGGCAGCCGGGAAAGCAGGGCUGUGUGUACAUUCGAUUUGUGUAAUGUGGUACUGGAAAUUGAAGUCACUCAGAAAGAAGAAGACAGAGGCUGGUCACAUUCUAAGACAGCAUGUUUACAUUAUUUUGACACAGGAAAAGUCCGAAUGAAAAGGCGACCUCCGCUGCUGUGCUGGAACUGCAGCCAGCUUUGUUAAAUGAGUUACUGGGCACAGUUACAGCAGAAUUUGCAAUUGCUUCCCCGUUAUAGUUAUAAAACAUCAUUUUGUUUUAAAUCGUUUUCGUGAGGGCAUAUCACAAAUCCAUGCUUUUGUAAAUAAAAUUAAAAAGUUACACCUAUUGCCGCUUACAAACCAUACCUCCUUUCGUUAGUAAGAGGAGGGUCGACAAUCUAAGCUGAAGAAACAACCGCCUAUAUUGCUUCCUUGCUUCGUGGAAGCGCACUGACGGGACGGGCUCUGCUGUGGAAGGAUGGGGGUCGCCUGGAGGAGCCGGACACUGAUGACGGGCUGGGAUCUGAAGCUUGUUAUUCUCCUGGUUCUAGUCUGCAGUACCAGAACUGUAUUGACUGAAGAGGACAGAUUCAGCGCAGAGUCUUGGCUGCGGAUGUAUGGCUACCUCCCCCAGGCCAGCAAGCAGAUGUCCACCAUGCGGUCAGCGCAGAUCUUGUCCAGUGCCAUCGCAGACAUGCAGCGAUUUUAUGGGCUGACAGUGACUGGAGAGAUGGACGAUGAAACACGAACUUCAAUGAAGAGACCCCGGUGUGGCGUCCCUGACAAGUUCGGAGGUCAAAUCAAAGCAAACGUACGCAGGAAGCGUUUUGCUCUGACAGGGCACAAGUGGAAUAAGAUCCUGCUGUCCUUUAGCAUCCAGAACUACACCCCCAAGAUCGGCGAGUACGAGUCAUACCAGGCAAUCCGUCAGGCCUUCAAGGUGUGGGAGAGCGUGACGCCGCUGCGCUUCGAGGAGAUCCCCUACCACGACGUCAAGUACGGCCGCCGCAAGGAGCCCGACAUCAUGAUCUUCUUCGCCUCUGGUUUCCACGGCGACAGCUCCCCCUUCGAUGGCGAGGGGGGCUUCCUGGCCCACGCCUACUUCCCCGGACCCGGGAUGGGGGGCGACACCCACUUCGAUUCAGACGAGCCCUGGACCAUUGGCAACACUGACCUCAGCGGCAAUGACUUGUUCCUGGUGGCUGUCCAUGAAUUGGGUCAUGCCCUCGGGCUGGAGCAUUCCAACAACCCUUCUGCCAUCAUGGCCCCUUUCUACCAGUGGAUGGACACGGAGAACUUUGAACUUCCAGAGGAUGACCGCAGAGGAGUCCAGCAGAUCUACGGACCACCGGACAGUGACCCCAAACCCACCAAAACCCUUCCCACUGUCACCCCUCGCCGGCCCUCCAAACCUGAACCCAAACCGCCACAGCCACCCAGAACCCCACCUGGCGGCAAACCAGACAAGCCCAGGAACCCCGAUCUGGACAGGCCACGCACCACUGACCGGCCAGACCACUACGGACCCAAUGUGUGUGACGGGAAUUUCGAUGUAGUCACAGUCCUGCGAGGGGAAAUGUUUGUCUUCAAGGGGAGCUGGUUCUGGAGAGUACGACACAACCGGGUGCUGGACAAUUACCCCAUGCCUAUCGGUCACUUCUGGAGGGGGCUUCCUGGGGACAUUGACGCAGCUUACGAGAGGCAUGACGGGAAAUUCGUCUUUUUUAAAGGCAGUAAUUUCUGGCUGUUUCGGGAGGCCAACCUGGAAGCAGGUUACCCCCAGGAGCUGGUGGAGUACGGACAGGGCAUCCCCUACGACAAGAUAGAAACAGCCAUUUGGUGGGAACCCACGGGGUUCACUUACUUCUUCAAUGGAGACAGGUACUGGCGGUUCAGCGAGGAAUCGCGUGCCGUCGACAAGGAUUACCCGAAGCCGAUCAGUGUGUGGGGGGGCAUCCCGUCCUCUCCCAAGGGAGCCUUCCUGAGUGACGACGGAGCCUAUACCUAUUUCUACAAAGGCACCAAGUACUGGAAGUUCGAUAACCAGAGGAUGAAGAACGAGCCAGGCUAUCCCAAAUCCAUCCUGCGGGAUUUCAUGGGCUGCCAUGAUGACCUGGACCGGGAUAAGGAUGUGGGCCGUAAGUGGCCCGAUGUGGACCAGACACCAUUUAACCCUGAUGCUGGUACAGAUGGCAGUGACGGCACAAAUGAAGUCGAUUACAAAGAUGAGGACAAAACUGACAACGACGUGGACAUUGUGCUCAAAAUCGACGAGUACACACGUACCAUGAACAUCGUCAUGGUGAUUGUGCCUUUAAUCCUGGUGCUGUGCAUUUUGGGAUUGAUUUACAUCAUCAUCCAGAUGCAGAGGAAAGGGGCGCCCCGUCUUCUGGUCCACUGCAAACGGUCUCUGCAGGAGUGGGUUUGACCUUUCACCUUUGACACUUUCCCCAUCCCUCCCCGCCCCUCCUGACCCAACACAACCUUCCCAUGGUGCUACCAAAUCUGUAGAGUGACAUCAAAAAGUUUGCACAUCGAGUUUUGAACAAGGACGUUUUUUUUGGAAUUAUUUUUCCUUUUAUUUCUAUAUGAUCUGCAGUAUGCCUUCGCUUUGUGCAACACUGUCGUCUUGGAACCGAGAAUAGAGAGACCGUCCGUUUAACAGGUUGGAUUUGAUUCAUUUAAACAAAUGUACUGAUAAAUUUGCGUACCAUGUUACACCCAAUGCCUUGGAGCAGCUGGACUCACCUAGAAAGAAGAAACAGCCACAGAUGCCAUCCCAGGACAAGGACUUAACUCUAGUGUGUGUUAUGAUUCCUUUUCGGUUCUUUUUUUCUCAACUGCUUUUUUAUGUGGUGUUGGUGAUAUCAUUUUUUUUAUCCUUUCAAACAUUUUAAAGGCAAUCUGAUUCCGAGAUUGUGAGGAGCCAUAGAAAAUAUAAAAAAAAAAAAAACCUUAUCUGAUGAGUGUGUGGAAUGGCUGAGAGUAAAUUAAUAUUGACCAGGCCUGAUGCCUGGGCCCCACUGACACAACCAUAGAUAAUGGUUUGUGUGCAAGGCAAAGGUGCUUCAGACUUCACACAUUGCUGUGAUUCUGGAGAGCUGUUUUCGUUGAGGGUCCAAUUCAGCUGCACUCAAGAGAAUGGAGUGUUUUAGUUCUGCUGAAUGCAAGGCAGAUAAAAAAAAAAAAAAGCCCUGUAUCUUCUACCUAGGCUGAUAAAUCAGUAGACCUGAUGCUGAGUAAAAGAUUGUGGUUUACAGAGGCCAGACAAUAAAUUAUUUAGAAGUGCAGCUUUUUAGAAGUCAAUUUGAUCCAAUAAUAUAAUCGCUUUUCAGCCAAACUGUAAAGGUUUAAGUGGGGAAAGUGAUGAACACUUUUAUAAAUAUUGAUAUGGAUAGCAGGCCGGUAUUCAUCUUUGCCAUCUUAUGAUGAAUUUGUUCGAUCCAGUUGCUUGGCUCAGUGGGCUCCCAUCUCCUCUCCUUGUUAGUCCCAGAGAGGUCUGGAGUUGGGCUCAUUAGAGUUAAAAGCCCUUCUAUUGUCUGACAGCUAGAUGAAUGAUCUCAGCACCAAUAGGAGAGGUAGAAGAAUAUUGUGUCAGGAAUGGUCUUAGGAGGCUCCAGUUUGCUGUAUCUGUGUGACUGUGUACAGUAUGUGUGAAAAUAUGUGCAGAAGUGUAUCUGCUUGUAUGUAUGUCUGUGCUGUUCAAUCUCUUUAAUCAAAUUCUUCAUUCAUCAUACAGCCUGCUUUAAACAGACGGGUGAUAAGGAGAGUAAAUCGUUAAACUCACAUUUCAAGUAGUUUAGUUGUAGCUGCAAUUGCUGUAGUUUUCAUUAUUAUCUGUGAACACAAUUAAACAUGACAACUGGGGACAAUAAUGCCACUAGCGCUGCCAAUCACAGGAUUUCACUUUCGUACAUUUUAUGCAUGUGAGUUUGUCAGUACCUGAGCGCGCACGCGCGUGUGUGUGUGUGUGUGUGUGUGUGUGCGUGCGCGCGUGCGUGAGUGCGUGCGUGCGUGUGUGUGCAUGACUAUACAAAGGAAAUCAGACCUACUGCACACAGUAGGUGUAGCCUUUUUGAGUAUUCUAUGCCAGUAGCCCUGGUUCUGAGCUGGAUUCCCUCCCAGUUCCUCCCUGCUCCCAUGGUUACACAAAGCCUCUGCUCCUGAGGGACACGUACAGUAACUCUCAUACAAUACAUUUCCUCCAUUUUAUUGCUGUAGUGCAGGAAGAGAAGCAGGGAAUUUUCCCAAGGGCUGGGCAGGCCAGUUGCUCGCAGUGAGGGGGGGUCCCACCUGGGAAGCACUCCUUCUCAAGCCUUUGCUGGCUGACAAAGCUGAGGGGAGAGCCGUGUACACAGUGCUCCUGUAGCAUCCAGACUGAAGAGGGUACGUCCCCUAAAGAGAGAAAACUCAAGGGGCUGCAUAUUAAAUGGAUCCAAAAGUGAUAGACAGGGUUUAUUUUUAUUCUUUAAUGAGUUUACACUGGAAGUAGUAAGCCUGGACAGGUGCUGAUAGCUGUGAAAAUCAGCUAGUCUAUUCUCGUCUUCAGUGUAGUUCCUAGCUGUGCCAAGCCCCUCAGAUGCCCUUCACUUGUGCCUAUCUUGUAUUUGCCCCUGAGCCUGCUUUUGGAUGCUAGUUAUUGCGGGCAUUCUGUCUAAUGCACAUCCUUGUCCAAUUGAGUCUAUCAGCUUGCAGUUACCCCAGAAGCCUUUAUCAAACAGUUCCUCAUCUACCCCCAUGUUUGCUUCAUGGCCUGUACUCUUAUAUCAAGGACAUUAUAGUCAAGGUGACCACUAGAAACAUAUACUGUAAGUCAUCUUUAGUGAUAAAUCAUCUAGUGAAAAGCAGAGGGUAUGUAUGUUGUUUUACCAUUUUUUGCCAGUUGAUUUUUCUCAGUGUAUGAGUACCACACUCAACGCUUUCAUUACAGCAAAUUAAGAUGUACUGGAAUGUAUGGGGACCUGGCAGGUUUUUUUCUGUGGGCUUUAUAUAGAAAUCAAAUUGAAUAUUUUCUCCCAGCGUUGUGUUGGCGAGGGUUAAUGAAGCUAACCUCUAGCACAUCUGUCCUUGACAAAAGUGGCCUGUUGAUGAAGCACUUUGCAGAGCCCUGCUGCCUGUCCAGAACAACCGAGCAGCAAAGAAGCGUGCUCUCUAGAGCCGACAAAGGACACGCUACCAGUUCGAUUCCUGUGCUGUGUGUUUAAGUCCUCAUUCAGGGAGGCAAUUAACAAACGACUGGCCUGCUAAUAGAACUGUGGAGCAUGCAUCACUACUCAGAGCCUAAACCUAAACACUAUUAAAAAGAAAGACAUGCAAUUUAUAAACAACUUCCUUCAAACCAAGGAAUCUAUAGAUUGAUAGGCUUAAGAAUGUUGUUUUUGGUUUUAUUGUUCAAUGUGUAAAUAUGUGUUUAAGAAGCGAACACUAUGGUAUUUGUUCCACUUUUUUUUGUCAAUAACAUUCCAUUUCUACCUUAGUUCCAGACAGACGAUUUUAUACAUUUUUUUUGUGUGUUCACUUCCUGUUGUGUGUUUAGUGGUCCAUGCUGGACAUGUGUAAC